AAUUUAGGAAUUAAAUAUUAAAUUUUCUUUAUUUUAAUUGAUUUUUUUUUUCAUUCCCUCUCUUUCUAUCCUAAGGCUGUUUCUCAUCUGCCUUUCUACUGUUUUCCUCUCCCACAAACUCUCUCUACAGAUUGUUCUUUCGCAGAGGCUAUGGCUUUCAGAGGGGCAAAUGCUUCUUCUGGCAUAAGUGUUGCUGAGCACAGCAAAGCCACAUACCUAGAACUGCAGAGAAAGAAGUUGCACCGUUAUGUGAUCUUUAAGAUUGAUGAGAAGAAGAAAGAGGUUUUGGUUGAGAAGACUGGAGGGCCAGCUGAGAGUUAUGAUGACUUUACUGCUUCCUUGCCUGAGAAUGAUUGCCGUUAUGCUGUCUACGACUUUGAUUUUGUGACUUCUGAGAAUUGCCAAAAGAGCAAGAUCUUCUUCAUUUCAUGGUCUCCUGAUGUUUCUCGCGUUCGUGCAAAAAUGCUUUAUGCAACUUCCAAGGACAGAGUCAGAACAGAACUGGAAGGCAUCCAUUAUGCAAUCCAGGCAACUGACCCAACUGAGAUGGAUCUUGGGGUACUCAGAGACCGUGCACAUUGAGCACACACUCUAGAUCGAAAGAGUUAGAAAUCUUCAGGAGUCACAUGUGCAACCUGGAGGAAAUUCAUUUAGUACGUAUAUCUGAAUUGUAUUAAAUAAUUGACACCUGAGAAGGCUGAUCGGGAGUUCAUGCUCAUGGCCAAAAUUGAGCUCCUUUUUGCCAUGAUGCUUCUCAGGUGAUAUUGGAUAUGGUUAUACAUAUUAAUUGUUAUUGGCUAAACUUUCAAUGUCAA